AUGGCCAGAAGUCUCAAGUGUAGUCUCACUCUUUUCCUGGUUUUUCUGUUGUUUGGCUCUUCAUUUGUCGAAGCUCGUCCACUAGAUGUUUCUAAGCCUCCAAACAACAUUGAGGAAGCAAUGGAGGAAGUCUUGGAAGGUUCGAAUUUUGAAGUUAGCAAAACUAAAGGCACAACAACUGCUCUAACCCUAGUGCAGAUUAAGAAGGCUGGCCCGAGCCCUCCGGGACAGGGACAUCAUCAAUUUUCACAUGGACCACCUCCACGCCCUGGUCAUGGAAAUUGA